UCGUAGCGUGAAUAUCGGGCGUGCUCUCGUUGUGAAGGAAUCGUAGUGAAAGAACGCGACACUCAUUGUUCACCUGACUUUUCAAUCUCAUUGUACCAGUGAUUGAAGAUCAAGAAAAGUGACAUUCUGUCUCGGCGAUAUUUCAGUAAAACGUCGUUGAUAAUUAACAGUAGAGGUUCAACCUAGGCGCAUUAACGUCACACGAUUAAGAAGCGACACCAAUGAUAAUGCUAGGCUCAGAACAACGGCAGUGAAAGAUGGUGGACAAAGAAGAGCUGAGAAUAACGAAGGCGAAGGCCCCACCACCACCGCUGAAUCUCAGUGAGGCGAUCGAGGAUGAAGAGCUGAACCAAAAGACUGCUAGAAUUCUUAAGAAUGAUCUUCUUCUACACGAAGCUGUGAUAAAGAACGAAGCGGACACUGUUCGUAAAGUACUUAAGGAGACUGUCGACGUAGAUUCCAGAAAUAACUAUGGUCGCGCUCCGAUUCAUUGGGCAGCAUCUAGAGGAAACACAGAAAUUAUUGAAAUGUUAAUACAAGCCAAGUGCGAUAUCGAAGCGAGAGAUAAGUAUGGAAUGCGACCCUUGCAUAUGGCCGCUCAACACGGUCACCGAGAUGCGGUGAAGAUGCUGAUCAAUGCCGGAGCAAAUGUAUCAGCAGUUAACAAGAAACAACACACCCUUUUAAUGUGCGGCGCUCGUGGCAGCAACGUCGCCGUAGUGGAGUACUUGGCGGAUGCAGUGGAAUCGUUAAACGGUGAGGCAACUGACUCCACUGGGGCGACUGCUCUUCAUCAUGCAGCCAUCACCGGACAUCCGGCGGUAAUCACAGCGCUUGCAAACAUCCCGCGGAUCGUGCUGGACACCACGGACAAGAAAGGACAAACACCGCUGCACUGUGCCUGCGCCAAAGAGCACUUGGACGCGGUUGAAGUCCUUAUAGGAUUAGGGGCGAAUGUAGAUGCCCAGGAUAACGAUGGCAAUACCCCACUUCACGUAGCUACUAGAACGAGGCACACAGGAAUCGCGCAAUUAUUAUUGAAGGCCGGAGCGAACACCGAACUAAUUGACGCGGAGGGUUUUACUCCCCUUCAUGUCGCCGCAAGUCAAGGAUGCAAAGGAAUACUCGACUCCAUGAUUCAACACGGGGCCGAUCUUAACAAGCAGUGUAAGAACGGUAAUACAUCUUUACAUCUGGCCUGCCAAAACAACGAAGUAGAAACGGUAGAGAUAUUAAUUAACAAAGGCGUCGAUCUCAAUUGUUUGAAUCUGAGGCUUCAAUCGUCCAUACAUAUCGCAGCUGAGAUGGGACAUACCGAUAUUUGCGAAUUACUUCUUGCGGCAGGCGCAAAUAUUGAACAAAAAGAACAGAGCGGCCGAACACCACUUUACAUUGCGGCAAGGGGCAGUUUCACAGCCAUCGUCGACAUGAUCAUUAAGACCGCUAGAUUAGAUUAUCCGACCCCGGAGGUUCGAGAGUUGACUCCGGCACGAAGGUGGUGGAGGGAAGGAUCGCGUGGUGGCAGCAUCUCCAGCAAUAAUGGUCGCCUCUCGGAGCAAAUCCGAUCCAUUCUUUGGAAGUUGGCCUACAAGCAACUUGCCCCUGAAGAUUGGAAAAAAUUAGCUGUUCACUGGGCCUUCACUCCUGAACAGAUCAGAGCUAUCGAACAUCAGUAUACGGUGCGUCUAGAGCAGCCUUAUGAAAAGGACGAUAAAGCUCCAAUUAUAGGUCCCGCGAGUUUCAAGGAGCACGGAUUUCGAAUGUUAAUGAUCUGGGCCUCCGGAUUAAAUCCAGACGUGUCACUGAUAAAAGAGCUCUGUGAAGCUUUAUCAGCGGUGGACAAGAAAGCAAUUGCUGAUUCCAUUCGUAAACAAAUGGAGCAAGGAGAUGAUGGUAAGGUAAAAUCGAAAGGGCAACGAUGUCAUAAAUGCUCCAUUGCGUGAAUAGCUACAAGUGCCAAGUUUACACGCAAAUUCUACACACAUAUGAGAAUGUAAUCUGAAUGAAAAUUGUAACUUACGUAAGACGUAAUAGUUGUUGUCGAAAGCUUACCUGCAUUUUAAUGAGAAGAGUUCAACGAACUUGGCAAAUGCCAUUAACGAAGGAUUUACGAAAAAAAAAUACGUACAAUGUUGUAUAAAUACCUUUUAUACCAACAAUUCGCAAUGUUACGCAAAUUCUUAGAACACAAAUUACGAGUACAAUUUACAGCGCAGGUAUAGCUGUCAUUAUUAUUUUGAAAGAACAAGAAUUUCUUGAUAAAAUCAGAAAAAUUGAUUGAAGAUUGUAAGUACAUACAGUAGCUUCAUUCACUGUAAAAUAAAAAAAUUCUAUGAACCCGCUAUAUAUCAUCGCUGGGUUAAAUAAUAUCAUUUACCAAAUUAAAGAUGAUAGUGUAAGAGGAAUAUCAUUUAUACAACGCGACGACAGUAAAGAAGGUAUUUGAAUUAUAUACAAAUAAUAUACAAAAAAUAAAAUAGGGUAAGUGGUCCAACAAUGAACCAUGUAAAUUUCAGAAGCUUAUAUUCUUUUUCAAUUAUUGAAUUAAAGAUUUGAGUUUUGGCAUACAAUUUAUGAAUUUAGUUAGUUGGCUACUAUAAACAAUAACUUUCAAGUUAUUUUUUUAUUUUAAUCACAAUUUCGAUUAUUUAAAAAAUCGGGAAGUGGUUCAUAGUGUACAAAGGAUAUGUACACAAUGAACGAUGCUAUUAAUAAUAAUAAACUACAUAUUUUACACUGCGAAUUAUUGGGAUUUUUUAGUUUUGCUAUAUUUAGAAAUGUUUAUAAAAUAGAUAAUUAUAAGAUGGUAAGGCCGAUCACCGCCGAUUUUUCUUUCGUUUUGAGUGAAAACGCGUCAAAUGUAUAUUUUUAUUGAGAUUUUAGGUGGGGGGGGGGAGCCGUAUUCUAAAUAAUUAUUACAAUGAAUUAUUAUUUUGAAGGUUAUUGUACAAAAGGUUAUGUGUGGUCUACAAUAUACCAUGGUUCAUUGUUCACUACGUCAAAAUGAUUCAUUGUAGAUCUCCUAAUCUUUUUCACGAUAAACUCCUAAAUAAUGUGGUGUAAAAUAAUAUAACAGAAGAAGUUGCUUACAGAAUAAUAAAGCUAAAUGUGCACACAAAACUAUUGCACAAUGAAAAAAUGAUAGGCAUAAUAACAAAAACAUAAAAAAUGCGUAAAGCUACGAAAAAACUUACUUUGCAUCGCAAAAUUCUUAAAAUGUGACAUUACAUAGCCGUCCUUGGCGCGAUCUGUCAGUCGACUGGGGAACCGAGAAGAGGUUCAAAUACGAGUCGCUGCAUGAUAGCAGCAUAAUUUGAUAACGUCGCAUUUACGAAAUAUCACAAUAGUUCAUAGUGUACUACUCGUUCACUGUUGGACUACCUAUCUUAUUUAAAACGGAAUAUUUGAACAAUUAUAUGAAACUAAGCCGUCCUAAGCUAAUCUUAAAGCAGACUAUCAUGAUUUCAUUUUGAUGAUUCUUGUAUAGAGAAAUGCUUCCGUUAUUCGUAGGAACAAAAGUACAGUUAGUACACAGAAGCCAUCGAAAAAAGCGAUACAAUUGUAAAAUCAAAGUAACAAUCGAACGUAAACUCUUCGGAAUAAUAUUAAUAACGCAUAGAUUAAGUGUCAGAAUAAAUUUUGCAGGGCUUUCGAUGUGAUAACAGUUUAUUAGAUUAGAUCUCGAAUAAAGAAUAUAAUAUAAAAUCGAUAAAUAGAUAUGCGAUUAUCACACGAUUCUCGAAAGAGACAAUCUACAUAUCUGAAACUUACAAAUUUAGACUCUUAACUACGAACGACAUUAUAUGUAACUUUAUCUUGUAUUACGCAAAAAUUAUAUAAACUAAAAAUUAUGAAAUUUUUGAUUACAUGAAAUCAAAUGCAUAAUGAUAGAUUUGUAAGCAAGAGGAAGCAAAUUAUCUCCUCUCCAUCACAUUUAGCUUAUAUAAUUUUAUAAUAUUGAUCUUAUGUGAUUAAAAAAUAUCAAGAAUAUUUAAAUACGAAAAUAUUCUUCUUGCAUUUUAUCUGUCGAACUUUGUUUUUUAUAAAAUUAAAAUAAUUAUUAACAAAGCGAUAAUACGAAAGAUAAUAUAGAUAAGUAUAUACUUACCGCACGAGUUAAAAAAAAUCAUGGACUUCCGAAGUUGCUUUCUGAAAGUACGUUUUAAACAAUGUACAUAUCUUAUCUUGAUGUAAUAAAUCGUUGUAUUCUA